AAUAUACAUCCGAAAUACCAACAUCAGAAGUUACAUCAACCACUCUACCAACAGUUACCUCCCAAGAAACAUUUGAAACAACUGAACAGUCUAGAUCUUCUGAAGCAACUAUUACCACAAUAGAGACAGUCACACAGGAAACAGAUUACCUUUCAUCCACUUUGGAUUCUGGUACUGGGAUAACGCAAACAUCUGAAUAUGCAACAUCCACUAUUGAAACUGUUACCUCUACUGAUUUGCCAACAGCUCCUUUUUCAACAGAAUAUACAUCUGAAAUACCAACAUCAGAAGUUGCAUCGACCACUUUGCCAACAGUUACCUCGGAAGAAACAUUUGAAACAACAGAACAGUCUAGAUCUUUUGAAGCAAGUAUUACCACAAUAGAAACAGUCACACAGGAAACAGAUUACCUUUCAUCCACUUUGGAAUCUGGUACUGGGCUAACACAAACAUCUGAAUAUGCAACUUCAACUAUUGAAACUGUUGCCUCUACUGAUUUGCCAACAGCUCCUUUCUCAACAGAAACAUUUGAAACAACUGAACAGUCUAGAUCUUCUGAAGCAAGUAUUACCACAAUAGAAACAGUCACACAGGAAACAGAUUACCUUUCAUCAACUUUGGAUUCUGGUACUGGGCUAACACAAACAUCUGAAUAUGCAACAUCCACUAUUGAAACUGUUGACUCUACUGAUUUGCCAACAGCUCCUUUCUCAACAGAAUAUACAUCUGAAGUACCAACAUCAGAAGUUGCAUCAAGCAAUCUACCAACAGUUACCUCCCAAGAAACAUUUGAAACAACCGAACAGUCUAGAUCUUCUGAAGCAAGUAUUACCACAAUAGAAACAGUCACACAGGAAACAGAUUACCUUUCAUCCACUUUGGAUUCUGGUACUGGGAUAACACAAACAUCUGAAUAUGCAACAUCCACUAUUGAAACUGUUGCCUCUACUGAUUUGCCAACAACUCCUUUCUCAACAGAAUAUACAUCUGAAGUACCAACAUCAGAAGUUGCAUCAAGCACUCUACCAACAGUUACCUCCCAAGAAACAUUUGAAACAACCGAACAGUCUAGAUCUUCUGAAGCAAGUAUUACCACAGUAGAAACAGUCACACAGGAAACAGAUUACCUUUCAUCCACUUUGGAUUCUGGUACUGGGAUAACGCAAACAUCUGAAUAUGCAGCAUCCACUAUUGAAACUGUUGCCUCUACUGAUUUGCCAACAGCUCCUUUCUCAACAGAACAUACAUCUGAAAUACCAACAUCAGAAGUUGCAUCAACCACUCUACCAACAGUUACCUCCCAAGAAACAUUUGAAACAACUGAACAGUCUAGAUCUUCUGAAGCAAGUAUUACCACAAUAGAAACAGUCACAGAGGAAACAGAUUACCUUUCAUCUACUUUGGAUUCUGGUACUGGGAUAACACAAACAUAUGAAUAUGCAACAUCCACUAUUGAAACUGUUACCUCUACUGAUUUGCCAACAGCUCCUAUCUCAACAGAAUAUACAUCUGAAGUACCAACAUCAGAAGUUGCAUCAAGCACUCUACCAACAGUUACCUCCCAAGAAACAUUUGAAACAACCGAACAGUCUAGAUCUUCUGAAGCAAGUAUUACCACAAUAGAAACAGUCACACAGGAAACAGAUUACCUUUCAUCCACUUUGGAUUCUGGUACUGGGAUAACGCAAACAUCUGAAUAUGCAGCAUCCACUAUUGAAACUGUUGCCUCUACUGAUUUGCCAACAGCUCCUUUCUCAACAGAAUAUACAUCUGAAAUACCAACAUCAGAAGUUUCAUCAACCACUCUACCAACAGUUACCUCCCAAGAAACAUUUGAAACAACUGAACAGUCUAGAUCUUCUGAAGCAAGUAUUACCACAAUAGAAACAGUCACACAGGAAACAGAUUAUCUUUCAUCCACUUUGGAUUCUGGUACUGGGAUAACACAAACAUCUGAAUAUGCAACAUCCACUAUUGAAACUGUUACCUCUACUGAUUUGCCAACAGCUCCUAUCUCAACAGAAUAUACAUCUGAAGUACCAACAUCAGAAGUUGCAUCAAGCAAUCUACCAACAGUUACCUCCCAAGAAACAUUUGAAACAACCGAACAGUCUAGAUCUUCUGAAGCAAGUAUUACCACAAUAGAAACAGUCACACAGGAAACAGAUUACCUUUCAUCCACUUUGGAUUCUGGUACUGGGAUAACACAAACAUCUGAAUAUGCAACAUCCACUAUUGAAACUGUUGCCUCUACUGAUUUGCCAACAACUCCUUUCUCAACAGAAUAUACAUCCGAAAUACCAACAUCAGAAGUUGCAUCAACCACUCUACCAACAGUUUCCUACCAAGAAAUAUUUGAAACAACCGAACAGUCUAGAUCUUUUGAAGCAAGUAUUACCACAAUAGAAACAGUCACACAGGAAACAGAUUACCUUUCAUCCACUUUGGAUUCUGGUACUGGGCUAACACAAACAUCUGAAUAUGCAACAUCCACUAUUGAAACUGUUGCCUCUACUGAUUUGCCAACAGCACUUUUCUCAACAGAAUAUACAUCUGAAAUACCAACAUCAGAAGUUGCAUCAACCACUCUAUCAACAGUUACCUCCCAAGAAACAUUUGAAACAACUGAACAGUCUAGAUCUUCUGAAGCAACUAUUACCACAAUAGAGACAGUCACACAGGAAACAGAUUACCUUUCAUCCACUUUGGAUUCUGGUACUGGGAUAACGCAAACAUCUGAAUAUGCAACAUCCACUAUUGAAACUGUUACCUCUACUGAUUUACCAACAGCUCCUUUCUCAACAGAAUAUACAUCUGAAGUACCAACAUCAGAAGUUGCAUCAAGCACUCUACCAACAGUUACCUCCCAAGAAACAUUUGAAACAACCGAACAGUCUAGAUCUUCUGAAGCAAGUAUUACCACAAUAGAAACAAUCACACAGGAAACAGAUUACCUUUCAUCCACUUUGGAUUCUGGUACUGGGAUAACGCAAACAUCUGAAUAUGCAGCAUCCACUAUUGAAACUGUUGCCUCUACUGAUUUGCCAACAGCCCCUUUCUCAACAGAACAUACAUCUGAAAUACCAACAUCAGAAGUUGCAUCAACCACUCUACCAACAGUUACCUCCCAAGAAACAUUUGAAACAACUGAACAGUCUAGAUCUUCUGAAGCAAGUAUUACCACAAUAGAAACAGUCACACAGGAAACAGAUUAUCUUUCAUCCACUUUGGAUUCUGGUACUGGGAUAACACAAACAUCUGAAUAUGCAACAUCCACUAUUGAAACUGUUACCUCUACUGAUUUGCCAACAGCUCCUAUCUCAACAGAGACAGUCACACAGGAAACAGAUUACCUUUCAUCCACUUUGGAUUCUGGUACUGGGCUAACACAAACAUCUGAAUAUGCAACAUCCACUAUUGAAACUGUUACCUCUACUGAUUUGCCAACAGCUCCUUUCUCAACAGAAUAUACAUCUGAAGUACCAACAUCAGAAGUUGCAUCAAGCACUCUACCAACAGUUACCACCCAAGAAACAUUUGAAACAACCGAACAGUCUAGAUCUUCUGAAGCAAGUAUUACCACAAUAGAAACAGUCACACAGGAAACAGAUUACCUUUCAUCCACUUUGGAUUCUGGUACUGGGAUAACGCAAACAUCUGAAUAUGCAGCAUCCACUAUUGAAACUGUUGCCUCUACUGAUUUGCCAACAGCUCCUUUCUCAACAGAAUAUACAUCUGAAAUACCAACAUCAAAAGUUACAUCAACCACUCUACCAACAGUUACCUCCCAAGAAACAUUUGAAACAACUGAACAGUCUAGAUCUUCUGAAGCAACUAUUACCACAAUAGAGACAGUCACACAGGAAACAGAUUACCUUUCAUCCACUUUGGAUUCUGGUACUGGGAUAACGCAAACAUCUGAAUAUGCAACAUCCACUAUUGAAACUGUUGCCUCUACUGAUUUGCCAACAGCUCCUUUCUCAACAGAAUAUACAUCUGAAAUACCAACAUCAGAAGUUGCAUCAAUCACUCUACCAACAGUUACCUCCCAAGAAACAUUUGAAACAACCGAACAGUCUAGAUCUUCUGAAGCAAGUAUUACCACAAUAGAAACAGUCACACAGGAAACAGAUUACCUUUCAUCCACUUUGGAUUCUGGUACUGGGAUAACACAAACAUCUGAAUAUGCAACAUCCACUAUUGAAACUGUUACCUCUACUGAUUUGCCAACAGCUCCUUUCUCAACAGAGACAGUCACACAGGAAACAGAUUACCUUUCAUCCACUUUGGAUUCUGGUACUGGGAUAACGCAAACAUCUGAAUAUGCAACAUCCACUAUUGAAACUGUUGCCUCUACUGAUUUGCCAACAGCUCCUUUCUCAACAG